UUUCAAGCUCUCGACUUAUAUAUGUACCUCAUAUCAUCUCUAGGCCUCGAACGAUUGAUUUGCCCGAGAGGAGACACUUGAAAGAUUACAUGUGCUUCAAGGUGGCGAAUCCACGCGACUCCAAGGAGAUCGGUAGCCCCGUGCCGGAAAGCGGCGGAGCCGAGGAAGAAGGGCUGGUUUCGGAGAUGGCGGCCGUGAUGUUCUCGCCGUAUAGUCGAGAGAGGGAGAUGUCGUUGAUGGUGUCGGCCUUGACGCAUGUCGUCGCCGGGGACCGAGCAGGUGCAGUCGGUUCGCCUUCGUACACCUCCUCGUCUUCGUCUUCGCCGCCGCUGAUGAGUGGUCCGGGUGGGGCCGGCGUCGUCGGUGGGAUGAAGAGAGAGAGGGAGGAGCUGAUGCCGGAGUCGCUGUUGAGGUAUUACCGGGGUUUCGCGGCAGAGUUCGGUAGCUCCCCGGCCUUCGGGGAGUCAUCAUCAACAAUUAUGGCAGCAUCAGAGCAGAGCCCUCAUAGCCUUGUCACCGCCACCGGUUCGCCUACUCCUCCAACCCCUGCUUCAACGACAGAGGAGCACUCCGCUUCCACCAACCCCGAGCCAGAGCAAGGGCAGAGGCGGCGGUACCGCGGCGUCCGACAGCGGCCGUGGGGAAAAUGGGCAGCAGAAAUCAGAGACCCGCACAAGGCGGCCCGCGUAUGGCUCGGCACCUUCGAGACCGCCGAGGCCGCCGCCCGGGCCUACGACGAGGCCGCCCUCCGCUUCAGAGGAAACAGAGCGAAGCUGAACUUCCCCGAGAAUGUCCACCUUGGACCGGCGGCACCCAUUUCUCCUGCGCCUCAGCCGCCGGCUCCCAGUCCUCAGCCGGCGACUCUUUUGGAAUCCCAACCAUUUGCUCUGCUUCAAGCUUCCAGUGCCUCGAGGGACUAUUUAGAGUACUCUAGUCUCUUACAGGGGACAGGGCAAUACCGGACGUUGCCUCCCACGGCCCUUUUGGAACAAAUGAUGUACUCCAGUUCUUCUAUGGCAUCUCUUAUGGCGAACACUUCUUCACUGGCUUCUCAUUCUUUCGCGACUUCCUCUGUUUCUUCCUCCUCUGCUCCAUCUUCUUUUUCUUCCUCCUCUGCUUUCCCCCUGCUUUAUCCUUCAGGGGAAACAGAGCAGCAGACAGGCUAUCUCCGUCCGCCGGGAAGUAGCACUGGAGGGAGUGGAUCGGGCUUUCCGGCGCCGCCCUGGACGGAUUUUGGCCGCUAUCCCCCAUCUUCUUCGGGAUAGAAGUCAAUCGUCGGGACCUGACGCUCGCCGCACAUUUUAUUGCUUCCAGUCUUAUACCAUAGUUUUUGUUUUCUUUAUUAUUUAUUAAAAAUGUGAUCUGGUAUUUGCUUUUGGAGUCAUUAGGAAGAGCAAAGCAACUUGGUUUCCUCCAAUUCUUGUAUUCCAUUGCUCGGUUUUCGAUUAGUGCAGAAUUCAAGUCAAGUACGCUUUUUCUUAAAAUUAUUAUUUAUAUAGAAUCAUUAAACUA